UAUUGCGCUGCGUCGAGCGCACGUGUCCACUCUUACCUGUGCUCCUUUCCCUGGCAACCCACCGAGAGAUAGCCGACGCUUCGACCCUCCCUUUAACAUGGAGAUGUACGAUUGUGCUCCUUGUGUGUAAAUGAGUGUCGCCGCAGUCAUGGAGGGAUUCCUUCAUCAUAUGGCACCGCAAUUCCUGCAUCCCGCACUUCAGAGCUUCGGCUGCGGGGCCUUCCGCCCAAUAGGGGGCGCCUUCCACCCUCUGUACCCUGGGAAGGCCUUCGCCAGGCAUCUGGGAGAACAGUAUGCGUUAGGCCAGAGCGUCGGACAAGCGCUAAGGCAGAGUGUUCGCGACGACAACAGCACUCCGCCUCUUUACCGGCACUAUGCAGCUCGCGACGACACCAGCUCGCCGGGGUCGGCUGCCUCGGCCUCGCCACGACCCUGCAAGGACGACGAGACACCCGCCGCCACCACCUGCACUGAUUCCCACGACUUCUUCUCCCCUGACGGUGAGCGCAAAUCGGCGUGUGGCGUGUGCGGCGCACGGCUCGGGCCAGGAGUUGCGCAGGCGCAUUUCCUGCAGGAGCUGCAGCACCUGUACAGCCUCAGCGCUCUGCCCAGGGACACCGGAGCUCCGGCCUCCCAUUCCCUUCAUCAUCAGGACGAGGAUGCUCGCUGGGAGACGUACCAACGUAUCCGAGCAAACCGGCAGCGGCGGCUGAAGCUGCGCACACGCAAGCGCCACCACACUGUGGAGAGUAUGCUGGGCUACGACUUGGAAGAAGAGAGGGAGAGGCGCGAAGAGCGGGGCCGGGAAGCUCGGACAUACGACGCAGAAGAUGAGCCAGUCGAUGUGGAGGGUGAUUCGCUGGGAUGGCCGGAAGGACCUGUCAAUGUUGAUGAAAAAGAGCAACGCAGCGAGGGGGAAAAGCUGCACCUUAACUAUGUGGAGGACCUGGAGAUUUCCAGCACCAACGACGCUAUGCAAUCGCCAGAACGCGUGAGGAUUGAGACUCCCAAACCGCUCUCCCUGGAGUGCGGCUCGAAGACGGAGGUGCCCGAGCGGCCGGCGGAGGUAACCACGUCGGAGGGCUGGCCGGGCGCUCCGCAGGCCUCCGCGACCGACACGUGGCCGGCGCUGACACCCGACGUCUACAUACAUGCCGCCCGACACAAGAUGGAGGGCGAAAACCUUCCAUCAUCUACUGAUUCCAGGAAUUAGUUAUGUUCACUGUCAAACUCGUGAACUUAGCUUUUAACCCUUCACGGACGCCAAAAGAGACGCUAAAACGAAGUUCAAAAUAAGUUUCAUUAUUAUAACUUCUGUAGAUGUGAAAUGUGCUGUGAAGGGUUAACUCUCAUGCUGGAAUACCGAGUAUGUAAACCGUAAACAGAAUUUGGAAUAAUAAACAAAUUAAAUUAUUAAAUUUUUUAAGACAUAAUAAUAAAUCAUUUUGUCACUAUUUUCCAUUAAGACUAAGCAGUACCUUAAUAAUACUUAUUUCAGUCCCUAGCAAUCCGAGAACAAUAUACUUAUAGAAUUUCAUAUUUUGUGAAUUACCGGUCAGGAUAACAGCGUAAAACUUUUGUCGUUUACUAUUCCAAAUUCUGAAAUUUAUAAAAUUUCAGUUUUUAUUUCUAGAUACAAUUUCAAACCUUCAAAUGUAAUAGCUUAAGUACACUUAGAUAUAUGUAUAAUACUGAUAUACAUAGAUGGAUGCUCACACACAAGUUAGUUUUUUCUUACAUAACACAUACAUAUACAAUAAUCAUAAAUUUCAUAAUGUAGUUGUGUCCCAAAUUAGUAAAAACGAGCCGUAAGUUUAGGUACAUUUUUUUCUUAUUUUCGCACCAUUUACACUAUGACAAGUUUGGUGAAUGAUGAACGAGAAGAAAAUAUUAUGUAAAUUGAUGUGUAGCUAUCACAAACAGAACUGCGUUUACGCCCAGUAUCUGCUCGGCCAAACAGUCGGGCGGAAAUCCAACUAAUAGAUGGUUUUGACUUUUUGGGAAGAAACUGGGCAUUGGGGGCGUAAACCCAUCUCUGAACACAUGCACUAAAAUGAAGUGCACAUUAAAUAGUCAUUAUUAAAACUAAGCAUGCGACUCAUAAUAAAUGAAUUUUGUAAAUAUUUUUAACAAGUUAUAAGUAUGUUUUCGACGGCCUGUUCAAAACUAUUAGUGUUAAGUUUGUGUUUAUCAUAUUAUCGUAAUAGAUGUACGUAUCGAUAUCACAAUGCUUUAUAAUAAUAUAGAGCAUAAUUUAGUUAGUUGCACUUAUAUGGUGUUGAAUUUACUUCAAAUGUUAUUUAAUCUUUGUGUAAAUAAAAGUUGU